UUUAUAACUGCAAGUUGUAGUUAAAGCUUAUUUAUGUGCAAAGUAAAAUCUUGUGAGUUGUAUUACAUAAAUUAGACUCAAACCUGGAUUUAACCAUGAGCAAUAAAAGGAAAUCGGAAAUAGAACUCCAUUUAAGAAAUGAAGACAAAAGAUAUUCACUGUUUACUCCUACCUCUGUGCGGAGUUCCGUGUGGAAACAUUUUCAAGUAAUAAAAUUCUUGGACACUGUGGAAAACUUUGCACGUUGUAACCAUUGCGCAGAGAUUUUGUCAUAUGCACCUAGAAGCGGUACGGGCAGCCUGUUGCGCCAUCGCUGCGUGCGUGUUAGAGCAAAUAAUUCGCAAAAAAAUCUACCGGCAACACAAAGCGUUUCAAGUUUUAUUCGUAGCAUGUUGCCCAAGAAGACAAAAGAAGAUAUAUUAAAAUCGCAACUAGAAUUUAUCUCGAAAGAUUUAAAAUCUCUUAAUACUACAGAAGGGGACGGAUUUAGGAAAUUCGCUCAAGCUUUAAUAAAUAUUGGUGCAGAAUAUGGCAAGCAAAAUAUUGAAGAAAUAUUGGUUUCUCGCCCAAUUCUGAUAAACAGUCUUAUUCCAGCAGAAUAUUUCAACAUAAAGAAUCAAUUAGAAUAUAUUCUAUCAAAUAACCAUGCCGCCUUUUCUACCGACACUUGGAUCGAUGAAAGCUCGCAACGUAGUUUUUUGGCAUUAACUGCUCAUUAUAUUAAUGAUGAGUUUAUUUUAGAUUCAAGUUUAUUAGGAACGCGAGAGUUUAUAUUACCUGCCAAAGAAACCAGUGAUCGCAUCCAUUAUUUCGUUAUGGACAUACUGAAUGAAUUUCAGAUCAAAGAUAAGUUAAACCAGAGUGUAAUUGUUACCGAAAACUCGUCGGAGUUUGUUGAAGCUUUUCGCAGUUAUAAACGUAUUUCAUGCAUCUGUCACAAUUUAACCAUAUUUAUGAGAGAAGUUUUGGAAAACAGUGCAAUAAAAGAAAUUCGCGAACUACUAGAAGCCUCAAAAGGUUUAGCCAACUUCUGCGAAAACUCAGAGUUAAAUAGUUUAUUGACGAUUUCUGUGAAGCAAAAUGGAACUGAGGGAUUUAGUGCGAUAUUCGACACUCUUUUGAGUAUUUUCACCAUGUAUAAUGAAAUCGAACAAGCCUUAAUGGAACGAAAUGAAUGGCAAGAAAUCGCCGGCAUUAACUUUCAUCUUUUAGAUCGUGUUCUUUCAUUUUUCAGACCUUUUAAAGAAUGCUUUGAAAUUCUGAGCUCACAAACUUCGACAGUAAUAGCAGAAUAUUGCUUCUGGUAUGAAAAAUUACAGAGAUGUUGUAUUAUUAGUCCAUUGGAUUCUGAAGUAAUUUCAGAAUUAAAAACAUCUGCAAAAAGCAUCUUGGAGCAAAAAAUGAAACCCGAUAUUAUGCACUAUGCCGCAUGUUUUCUUAAUCCACUAUAUAAAAGAAUGGCAUUUUUGUCGGAAGAACAGCGUAAACAGUCUCGAAUAGCAGUCAAUAUACUGAUGGAAGAUUUUAAGAAGCAACAAGAAAGAGAUAUAGGCAUUUUAAUGCAAUCAGAAGCUGGUUCCGUGGACACUAAUAAUGUGCCAUCAGCAUCAAACGCACAUAGAGAUUUUUGCAACGAUUUAAAUCUGCAUAAUGGAGAUUGCAACGGUUUAAAUGAUAUCGAAAUCGAUAAUGAAUUGUAUAAAUAUUUGGAAAUGGAAACUGAGCAUCGCAACUUAUUGGAUUUUUGGAAAAAUACGUUAGAUCUUCCAUUACUAAGGACUGUGGCUCGGCAAAUAUUAAAUAUACCCGCUAGCUGUACAAAAUGUGGAAGAGCUAGGUUUAGCUUGGGUGAUAUUUUAGAAGGAGGAAAGGCGAAGAUUUCAAGUGAAAGCAUUGAUCAUUUAUUGUUUUUACACAAAAAUACGGGAUAUACUACAGUUAAACACGAAAGCAACUCAAUGGAAACAUAAGCCGAAUUUUUUGUAACACUUGUACUAAUGCAUUCAAAAUCAUUUUAAACGAAAAAAAGUUUUUAUUAUAUUUUAUUAAAACCACAUGUAUAUAAAAUAUACAAUAUCCGGUACCAUUGUCUCCUAAUAAAAUCAAAAUUUAUUAACUGGCAUCUCUGUAAGCAAAAUCGAACAAAGCUGCAUUACUUUCAUAUUCUGAACUGAAUUAUUUGUUUACGAUUUCUUACUUCUAACUAAAUAUUAAAUAUGUUGCAAUUGAAGAAUAGAUCUACACUAGACCUUAAAGAAUACACUGUAAUAAUACCAAGCAUAUGUGUGGGAAAUGCGGCGCAGCUAGCAUGCGAUUUGUUAAUUGCAUCCAAGAAGAUGCAGAGAGUGGCAAGUCUCAUGCACCCAGCAUUGAUUCCUGUCUUUGGACCAUCAGCUUACCAACAUGAGCCCGAGGAAAGAGUAGCUGCUUGUGAAAUUUAUGAAUGUGUCAGCAACAAAUUGGUUGUUAUACAAUUUCGAACACCACUUAUAUCUCGUCAUGCACAAAGUUUGCAUAAUUACUUAGCUGACUUGGUGCAACAAGCCCGAAGAGUAGUGAUACUCAGUGCGAGUUUCGGAUUUGAAAAACGUGAAAUUGGAACUUCACCCUAUGAAUACUGUGUGUCUGAGCGAUUUCGUGGAAGUCAUAAAACGCAAUUAGCGAAUGUGAAAUGGAUGGAGUUUAAGGGCGAGAUGAUUUUUGGCGGUGGUAAUGGACUGCAGCUUUUCCGCUUAUUAAAAGAAAAGGAAGUGCCUGUUAUGCUAUUAUUUCGGUAUGUGUUGGAAGGCGAUAACUCGACGGAUGCUACACUUAUAGUUAGAGAGUUGAACGAUUUGUGCUCAAGCUUUUUACAAUUAGAGGCAGAGGAUAAAACGAUAAAGUUAACUGUUCCUGUGUCAUGGAAAUUACUAUUUGGGAACGAUGUUACUGCUUUCAUUUUCUAGGCUGUAAUAUUUUUUAAUAUUUGUGUUAAUAUUUUUAACUGGUUUUGGUUAAAUACAUGGUGAUUAAUUUGCUCUUGGCAUACAUAUAUAAAUAAAGAUGUAACUUUUUCAAAUA